AUGGCGAGCAGCACUGUCCCACACCGGCCAAAGGUUCUAUUUUGGAUCAACAAAGACGCCACGUCGAACAGUGUGUCCAACAGCUCGCGUGAGCAACGAUCUGCCAUUCAGAGCCAAAUUCAACGAGGACGCCCGCGGAAGAGGAAAUCAAAGAAGGACCAGCCAGAUGAGGCAAUAGACAGCAUUUGCAGGACCCCAGCGUCGGACCGCGUACUCCAAGAGAGGCCAAAGGAACUGUACGAUGCCACGACACGUGGUAUAGCCGCUCCAAUCGACCCCUUUGACACUGCGUCAAUACAGAUUGACACAACGGCGCAUGGCCUAUUGCGAUAUUACGUCCAUUACUACCACCCGGCGCAAUGGCCCAACGAGCCCUUCUCUCGCGACAAGGGUCCUUAUUCGUACAAAGCCUCGGUACAUCGCAUUGUGACCACCGCUAUGCAGGAUCAAUUGAUGAUGUUCUGCCUGCUCAGUGCCGCAUGCGCACGUAUCCAGCACAUCGAUCGGUUGGACUUUCCGACUGUAGCACGCAAGCAAGACGGGUACACGCAGAAGGCUAUCCAACUUAUGCGGGAAAAGGUUGGCGAGAUGGAGCGACAUCGGCAAAGAGAUGAGCAGACUCUGCAUAUGCUCCUGCAUUGCAUGCUAUUCCUGGGAAUGCAUUAUGUGUACGGUGACGAUUUCGAGGCUGGCAGGAUACAUCUUCAGGUCUCACUGGCGUUGCUAGAUCAAAUCGGCGGAAUUAACGGACUGAAAGAUCGGCAUUUGCAGGAGAAGAUUUUGAUGUCUGAUCUCUUCCUUGCGUGUGUCGAUAUGCAGCCUUGUCUCUGUGGCUGGGAAUAUGAUCCUGGGCCGGCUUCUGUUCUUAAACUGCAGGAUCGUGAAUUGAGGCAGUUGUCUGCCGAAGAUGAGUUUAUGGGGUCUGCUUUACUCGGCAAAGGCGACGAUGUGCUACCAGCUGACCUCCAAGAGCUCAUUGAGCAGAUCAUCGAAAUAUACCACGUCAAGAUCAGACUUCAAAGAUCGACCAUCUCGUGCACGCGCGCUCUGCAAACUGGACAAUGGAUCACACGGCGGAACAUGGCUCUUCGAGCGCGAUUACUGGAUCUCAAACUCGACGACGACAGGAUGCACGCUUUGAGAAUUGUGUCAAUCAUGUGGACGCUUUUGUCCAUGAACAUCACCGGCCGUCUAAAGACUGUCAAAAUCAUGGCUGGCAAACUCCGCAAUGUUCUCGCACGCAUCGCCCCAGAGCAAUGGAUGCCAAUGGAGAACGUCCGAUUGUGGAUUCUGCUCAUUGGAUAUACCUGUUCGCCGCAAGACUCGGAACUUAUGGAAUGGUAUUUCGAACAGAUCCGCGAGAAUGAGAUGGCGCAGAUGAGUGUUCUGGAAGAGUUGGCGUAUAAUGUGAGUCUGAUCGACUGGCUGGAGGAGUUUCAGAAGGGGUUCUUGUAUCAUGGAUUGGUGCAGCGACCAGUGACGCUGGACUUGGCUAGGAAACUGCUUGAGGUGGAGAAGAAUUCUUGGACCUGA